GCAACCCUAAUACCACGCGUUUAUUUUUAUUCCAUUUCCAGUUUUUCCAGGGUGUAUUCAAAGAGAAUAUUAUAAUAGAAUUAAUUAGGUACAACACAUGAACUUUCAGUUUAUUAUUAAAAUAAAAAGGUACAAAAUUUUGUAAUUUACCAGUGAUUAUAAUGUUAUACUAGGUUCCAACCAAAGACCAAGUAUUGUUCCAACGUAUGUCGUUGCUUCCUAUUUAUUUUACGCAUGGAUUUUAAGUAAUAGGUACCUACAAUCACCAUCGAUAACUAUAAAAACAUCAUGGAAGGAAAAGAAAAUAUUGUUCAUGCUGUGCCCUACAGUUCUAUCAAAGAUAACCCAGUGCGUUUGUUUUCCUUAUUAAAUAAGUACGUCCAGGUUAACGUUAUAAAGAAUACUUCGUUUGAUGGAUUUGUUCAUUCUAUCGACCCAAUAACACAUAGUAUCAUCCUUUCUAUAUCAAAUGAUGGCAAUUAUCAGACUACCGUUAUACCUGGUCAUGCAGUGGUGAACCUUCAAGUAACAGAACCUCCUGAGAACCUCACACCACCACUUCGUAAAGUAAUUAUUUGUGAUACAAAUGAAGACAUAAAGGCUAAGAAAUGUAUUUUAACAGCUUGGCUAAAAUCAAACCUGUUACCUGUGACAGAAGAUGGUGAAAAUAUAGUAGUUGGAAAUGUGAGUGUACUACCACCUUAUACUGCUUCAGAUAUCUAUGCUGAAAAUCCAGUUGUAGCUCUGCGAAUAAAAAGCUUUAUAGAAAGAAUGCCCGAAGAUUUUAAGCCAUUUAUAGCUUAAUUUCUUUCACUGGUAACAAUAGGUACUGCUUUUAUUAGAAAAAGUUUCAGCCUAAAUAUGUGUAAUUUAUAAUAAAAAAAAAACAAUGUGAAAUAGGUACCCAGUGUAGCUUUUGCCCAAUGUUGAUCAUAAAGAAAGUGAAAGUUCUAGUAGGUAUAUUUCUUAAUCCAUGUUCAAGAAAAGUUACCAUAGGUGGUUAAGUUGGGUUGGAGUGUACAUAAAGGGGUACUAUGAGUUGGGACAGAAAAAUUUUGAUUGAUUUUGUAUGAGCCAUGGACAUAGCCAAAUUUUCGAGUGAAAUUAGUAUGGAGCAGAAAAUUUAAAGGUUAGUAUCAGGGAGGGGGAAAACAUUUGAGGUGAAAGUCACCGACUUGAGGUCAAGGUCACUGACCAAAUUUUGGCUUUUCAACCGGGAAUACCCUGCCAGGAGGGAUGAUAAACCUUGAGUUUCUCUCAAAGCGGUUCAAAUUUACCAUUUCCUGAGGGAAGUGUAUGACGCUGCGGAAGCUCACGACCGGGAGCUUUUGGGUGGCCCACAAGAUGUGGUAGAGGUCGAUGAGUCGCACCUCUACACUAAUAAGUACCAUCGCGGCCAUCUUUUGCGGCGUCAAACUUGGAGUUUUGGGUGCCUCAGCCGGCUCACUUGGAAAAUUCAUGUCGAGUUAAUUCCCGAUAAAACCAGGCGCACACUUAAGCUCAUUAUUAUGGGAAAUAUGGCCCAAGGGUCUGUGAUAAUGUCCGACAUGCACCAAUCAUAUGCAGGCGUAGAUCGGCGCCUCAAUAUGGCUGGAUAUUACGCAGUGAACCACAGGGAGACCUCUGUUAACGGCACGGUUGACAACCCUGUGGAUCCCACCUUGGGCAACCCAGUCCAGGGUACACAAAAUGUGCAUGUCAAGGUGCAUACAAACACUCGAGCGCCAAUGGCUGGAGUUAAAAUGCACCGCUGCAUAUGCCAGAGCUAGCGCCGCCUUAAAUGGUACAUGGGUGAAUACAUGUUCCGGCAAAAUAUAUUGCGCCCUUUACCCAGCGAUGCGGCUCGGUCUAGAGGCGACUCCAGGACAUACAUAGAGUGUACCCUGGACUUGGCAGACGCGGUAUUUGCAGUUAUAAUUGUAGAUGCCGUCCUGACUGUCCAAGCCGUUAAAGGACAAAUGUGUGCAGAAGACCAAAAUUUGGUCAGUGACCUUGACUUCAAGUCGGUAACCUUUACUCCGAAUUUGAGAGAAACUCAAGGUUUAUCAUCCCUCCUGCCAGGGGAUGCGCGUGGAAACACCAAAAUUUGGUCAAUGAACUUGACUUCAAGUCGGCGACUUUCACCUCAAGAUUCCUCCUCCCUGAUACAAAACUUUGAAUUUUUGAAAAAUUUUGCAAGUAACCUGCUCCAUACUAAUUUCUUAAGUUGGCUUAAGUUACUGUAAAUAAAAAAAGUAUAAUAAAAAUUUGUAAAAGUAUGGAGUUUACUCCUGCUUUACUACAGUUUGAUGAUAGCUAUAAUAUAGAACAGGCUGUAAGUAAGACUUAAUAUACCAUGUACAUAUGCUUUUAUCCCAGCUUAUUACUAUAAUCUGAAAGCAAAUAGGUGUUGUCAUAAUUAAGUUAUAAAUAUGUAAAAAAAUAUAUUACUCUAAUGUUAUAUCUUAUUUAGAUUAGGACUAUACAGCUGGAAUGCAUUUAAACUGUUAGACAAUUGCAAAAUGUCAGUUCUCUAUUCAAGAAAUUCUCUCUAAGACAUUGAACUUGGCAUUGAAUGUGAAUGGUGCUUUAGUAA